AGAUCCAAUAAUGGCGAUGGUACCACAUAUGACCUUGAAAAGACAGUUCUUGAAUUUUUAGUGCUGGUUUACAAUAUUCUCUCCAUGCUUUACCUCAUCGGGUUGGGUUUAUCAACAAUCGAGGAUAUAUCAGUAUCUGGUCUUGAUGUAAUAAAAAAAUGUGACCACAUUUUCAUUGAUGCCUAUACGUCCGUUCUUACUCACGGCAUAGAGAGAAUAUCCGAGUUUUGUGGUAAACAAGUUAAAGAUGCCGAUCGUGAAUUUACAGAAAACGAGAGCAAUUCAAUGAUUACAUUAGCUAAAACUGCUAAUGUUGCUUUCCUGGUUGUUGGUGAUCCACUUUGUGCUACUACUCACUCCGAUUUAAUUAUUCGUGCAAUAAAGGAAAAAAUUCCAUAUAAGGUGAUCCAUAAUGCUGGAAUUAUGACUGCAGUUGGUUGCUGUGGAUUACAACUCUACAGAAUGGGUGAGACAGUAUCUAUCCCUCUUUGGAACGAAUACUUCCAUCCUGAGAGUUUUUAUCUGAAAAUUGCAGCGAAUUUUGUUAGAGGUCUUCAUACUUUAUGCCUUUUAGACAUAAAAAUGAAAGAAAAAUCAGUGGAAGCUCUUUUGCAUGAUAGAGAUAUCUACGAUCCGCCGAGAUUCAUGGUCUGCCCCGAAGCUGGUUAUCAGAUCCUAGAAACCGCCAGACGUAUUCGUCAUCGAGUGGUAGAAUAUGAUGAAUCUGAUCCGGAAGAAUUUCGGGAACUCGAGCCCGAAGUUUAUCUCGAUCCGGAUUGCCUCGUUGUCUGCUUAGCUCGUGUUGGCACUCCAACUCAAUCAAUCGUUGUCACGACGCUUCAAAUUCUUGGGUCUUCAUCACCCUCUGAAAUUGGCGAUUCUCCUGAAUUCUCUGAAGCAUUGGGAGGUCCUAUGCAUUGUAUGAUAUUUCCCGGCGAACUGCAUCCGAUGGAAAAGGAAUUUCUGACUUCUCGUCUCCUUGUGGGCGAUGAAUUGGAAGGUUUGCAAACGAAUUGCGAUGGAACUUCCUUACCAAUUCUUCUGCCACCAUCAAAGGAAGGAACCUCGUUUAAGGAAAGAGUUGCAGCUAUGUUUAACAGGCAUGAGGAUAUAGUUAAACUAACAAAGAAGUGUCGUUAA